CUCACACGGAUAAGUUUUAUUGUUUUAAAUGAUUAUUUAUUAUUUUAUUAGCAUACAUACUAAACUUUAAACUUUACUCAGAUAAAUUAAAGAUAUAUACUAUAUUUAAACAAAGACACACACACAGACUGGCAGAGAAAGCAAAGAGGAAGGGGCCAGGGGAGAGUCUUUGCUGCGUGUGUGUGCAUGUGUAUCUGUCUUUAAAGAGGAGGAGGCCUUGCAGAGUCUUGCUGCAUGUGUGCAUGAAAUCUCAACAGACCACAGUCUAAACUGAAAUUUGUAAUAAAAGCCUUUACUAAACUUUACUUGAAUGCAUGAAAGAUAUAUGGAGUCUUGCUCCAUGUGUGUGUGUGUGUGUCUCUGCGUGGGUUGGUAAAAGUGAUUUAGCAGGACAUUGUCACAAUACAGCACUAGGACAUUUCAAUUUUUUUCCCUCUAUUGCACCAAAGCCUGUAGGGAUGUGUAUGAAAUCUCAACACACAUUCAUUAUAUUUCACAGCUUCCAAAGCCCGAACAAUACUACGUAAGAGGAGAGCACACAAUCUGCAAGCCACAGCCGUCUUAUUGGAUGGAUUGAUUACAGAAUCUSUGUGGCUUCUGGAGAAACGUGCUGGGUCCAGAAAACAAAGUUCAACAUUCUACCACUCUGAUUCCUGUCCCUGAAGCCAGUCCAAUAACAUUUGGAAUCCUACUUUCUCUACCAUCAUGAGUAUUGCAACUCUCUCACCUGUGAGUCCUGAGCCUCCAUCCUCAAAGCUCAUGUUCAUCAGAGACGUCGAGCCCUCCCUGCACCCUGCCAACGCCCCUGUGUGUCCAGAUGUGGCUCAUCAGUCUCUGAAUGGAACCUCUUCCCUUGGCCCUGAGAGCAACCAGUCCAACCUCACCGGUGAAGAGUCUACUACUGAUCCAGUGUUCUCCCAGAGGACAAAGAAACCUCCUCCUCUCCACACUGGAGCCGACUGGAAGGUCGUCCUCCAUCUGCCAGAGAUUGAGAAGUGGCUAAGAGCAACCAGUGACCGAGUUGCUCAACUCACACACUCUGUUGGACAAGACAGUGACAACAGACAUGUAGAUGUCCACCUAGUACAACUUAAGGACAUCUGUGAGGACAUUUCUGACCAUGUGGAGCAGAUUCAUGCUUUACUGGAGACGGAGUUCUCCCUGAAGCUGCUGUCCUACUCUGUAAACAUCAUUGUAGACAUUAGGACAGUGCAGCUACUGUGGCACCAGCUCAGAGUCUCAGUUCUGGUUCUGAAAGAGCGUCUUCUGCAGGGUUUACAGGACCCUAACGGAAAUUAUACCCGGCAGACUGACAUCCUGCAGGCAUUCAGCCAGGACCAGUACCAGGYCCGUCUGGAUGCUCUCACAGAGGUGGACGACUGUGGUCAGCUGACGAUCCGCUGCAGCCAGGACUACUUCUCCCUGGACUGUGGCAUCACUGCCUUUGAGCUGAGCGACUACAGUCCCAGUGACCAUCCUGAGGACCGGGGGACAGAGUCCACAGUGGAGGACACCUCCCAGGAUAUCAUUCACACCGCAAACUCAAAUCUUGAACUGCACAAGAGUUUACCUCAGCCCUCUCUGCCCAGUGACAUAGACAACCACAGCCAUUCUACACCUCAAUCACCCACAAAUCAAAGUGACAUGCCCAAAUACAGUGAAAGCUCCAAACGUCCACUGCAGGCUGUAAGUCACAGCACUGAAUCUUCCCCCACUCAGCCAUCCCUUCCGAAGAGAGCUGCCUUAUUCUCAAACAAAGGAACCAAAUCAAAAGGCAGUUUUAGGAAGACCAGGCAGCAGUCUGAGCUGCAGCAUAUGGCUGAGCUGAGUCAGAGCACCCCUUCUCUUGUAGAUCCUCCAGACAGAUCCAAGUUCUGGCUAGAACUGAACUCUGUUGAUCUGAGAAACCUUCCACAAUCCAGCGAGAGUCUUCAGAGAACAAUUGAGCACAACCUCAAAAACCACCAUGUGAGCUCAACACAUAGAAAACCUGAAAGAAGUUCUGUCACCAAUGGCAGCCUGCCCGUCUGCCGCCUGAUGUCUCUGGAUGAAAUAUCCACCCAAGCAGAAAGGAGGCAGAAAAGGACAUAUGCAGUCAGUAUGGGUGACUCGGACUCCUCCCUGCCCUCCCCCAUUUCAGAGCAGCUUCUGUCCUCAGACCUGGAGGCAUCUGGAGAGGAAUCUGAUGCUCAGCGGGGUGGAAGCAGGAAUGCAGGGUGGACAGUGAACCAGCAGGGGCACAAGAAGGGAUCCCAGUUUCCAUCAGAAAGGAUUCAGUCCAGAGAGCACUGGUAUGGAUCAGACGAGUUCCUGGCUCUCCCUGCUCAGCUCCAUGAAACUGAGAUGCUGGCUGUGAAACUAGAAAGUCUGAUACAGUCCAGCACCCUGCAGAACCAGAGAGGUCUGCAGGAUGUGGAUGACUGGGAACUGUCAGAGCUUAACAUGGACUGGGACGCUGGAGAAAGUGGAGUCAACACGAGAAACAUAGUGGGGAGCGGGGAUUACAGUCCAUCUCCCCUGCUGUCACUGCAUCCUCAUAGACAAACCUCAGUGAGCUGCUUCAGCUCCUCCUCCAGUGAUGUUGCUCCAUCAUUGGAAGACAGCAUAGAAUCAGGGCCCUUGAGUGACCUGCUGUCAGGAGAGGAGCAGAGCAGGAGGUAUGUGGAUGGCUCCCCCCAGCUGACAGCGCCCCUGGUGGAUGGGCGUGGAUGUGCUUCUCUGAUGAAAAAACUGCUGGAGGACAUCCAGGAUCACAACGAAGGCAUCUGGGUAAAGAUGGAGUGUUUUGUGCAGAAGUUGGACGGGUUCAUCUCAUGGCUACAGGAGGCACUAGACAGCACUGAAAACUGGACACAACCCAGGCAGGACUUGGACAACCUUAGGGUUUACUUGGACACUCACCUGACCUUCAAGCUGAAUGUGGACAGUCAACAUGCGCUGAAGGAGAGCAUAUUGGUAGAAGGAAAAGCACUACUCAGCGUCAUCACCUCCCACCAGCUGGCUCUGAAGGAUAUCCUCCAUAUGGUUGGAAGCCAGUGGGAUCAGCUCCAGUGGCAGAUCCGACGCCAACAUGGCUGGAUGCUCCGCGCCCUUCGUUGCAUCCAAACCCGCCUCCUCUUCACCAGCCAYUCACAGCAGCCCUGUGCAUCCAGUCUGGACUUGUCAGCCAAUGGGCAGUUUCCAUGCCUUGCAGAAGACGUCAAGGUGGAGCGGAAUUCAACUCAGUGCAAGAUCCAGCAAGUUGCCCUUGAGACGAUGUCAGUUAGGCUGAGGGGACUCCACUACCCAUCAUCCUCCAGGAGGUACAACAGGAGCAGCAGUUUGCAGGAGUUUGAAGCAGAGUACCAGGAACUGUGGGAGUGGUUGAUGGACACGGAUGCUAUGGUAACCGACAGCCACCAGUUGACAAUGUCAGAAGAGCAGAGACAUCACCUCUUCAAAAGCAGCCUGGCCGAACUGAUGCUGAUGGAGAGCCGGAAGACGAGUCUGCUCAGGCAAGCUGCCAGUCUGAAGAGGAGUGGGACUGAACUACCAAGCAACUUACACAUAAAAAUACACAACCUCACACACACAUGGCAGCAACUAGAGAAAAUUCUCUCAGAGCAUUCAGUACCAUGUUCUUCUGAGCAAAAGCUGUCAUCAAAUGUGAAUACUCUGCUGGUCGCUGGUCAGGAUGUGGCUGCUGAAAGUCCUCGCUUAGCUUUGUCCCCAAUGACUAAUUCACUGCUGGAGCAGCUGGAGGCUCGAAUCAAGGAGCUUAAGGCAUGGCUUCGAGACACAGAGCUGCUCAUCUUCAACUCCUGCCUCAGACAGGAGACGGGUGCCUCCGAGCAGCUUUCAAGUUUCAAGUCCCUGUGUUCAGAGAUCGGAAGCCGGCGCCGAGGAGUCGCUUCAGUUCUGAAACUGUGUCAGAAGCUGCUGCAGCAGAGCCAGUCAGGCCUGAUGGCUGAAGUGGGCCCAGACGCGGAGCAGCACCGGGAGGCCCUGCAGCUGCUGUCAAUCAACCUGGAGAGGAGGUGGGAGGCGAUAGUGAUGCAGGCGCUGCAGUGGCAGAACAGACUGAAGAGAGAGCUGGGAGAGCAGCAGGUUAAUGGAAACAUUCUGGAAACUGGCCUAGUGGAUCUCCACCAGAUUAGCCCUGUGUCAGUGGCUUCAGUGACAGUGCCACCAGAGGACUCCUGGGAAUGGGAUGAAACAGAUAUGUCGGUCAUGGAAGCAGAGCGACUAGAUGUACCACAGCCUGACCUUACAACCAACCUCCCCACAGCCUUGCAAUCAAGUCUGCCAUCAAACAAUAUUUUGGCCAAUGACAAUCAACCUGUUGAGAUUCAAACUGAUAUCAAGGCCACUCAGUUAAAAGAGUUGUCUAAUUUGAAGAACGGAUCCUCAAUAGAUGUUAACUCCCAUUCCCCACCAAACAAUAAUGUAUAUCAAGUGUACAGCCUCCACAGUAUUGAGUUAUGCAAGCAGCCGGUGUUUCCACUUCCUUCCACAUUAAUGCACAUAAAUAAACCUGUUAAAAACAAAGAUCAUUUUUUGCUGAAGAGCAUUAGUAAGGAUUCCUCCUUGUCCUCCAUUGAAUCUCUCCCAGACCUCCUGGGAGGUUUGAUGUCAAGUAGCCAACAACGAGAUAGGAUCAGUGAAUUUUGUAAUAGGGAAAGUGAGGGUGGCAGAAGGAGCGGUCAGUCGGAAAAUAGUCUACGAUCAGAUUGUGAGAGCGGGAUUGUAAGUGACAAUGGAGAUUCAGAGACAUCGUCAAACUCUGGAGUACAAGGAAAGAAAGAGGAUCAGGGGAUAGAGAGACAGGAGAAAAGAGACCAGAGGAAAGGUGAAAUUACACAAGAACAUUAUAGUUUAGCUCUGGAAAAGAACUGCAUUUCCCCUUAUAAAAAGAGCAAGAAGCAAAUUUCUACGAAUUUGGAAGAAUGGAGAAGGAAUGAGCUGAGAUGUGAAAUAAAAAGAAACAAGGAGAAGAAGAGGUGUAAACAGGGUGGGGGGGAGGCAGUGGAUAUCCUGAUAAACGGACAUGGGAUUCUGACACCGGCAAACUCUGACUCUGACAUUGAUGUGAAAGGACUUGAUGACUCUAAGAUGUUCAUGUCCCAGAGGGACAACACAGAGUGUGACCCUGACCAGUAUAAUAGUUCAGAGACUCCCCCUGCUCUCAACAGCAGGACAUCAAGUCCUAUUUUGUCUCAGAGCUCUUCUUUGGAGUCUCUAUUGGCUCUGGGUAUCGACUUAUUCCCCUCCAAAGAACGGCUGCAUCAUAGCGUCUCUUUGGAGAGCUGCCUUAAUCCAUGCCACAGCCCUGACAAGGAGGCGGUGGGCAGUCUCACAAGUCCCGAUGAGAUGAACUCGGGCCAGGACAAAGACCAAGAUAGAAUUAAUCUAAGACCAAGCAUGGAUACUGAAACAGAGGCAUCUUCUGGAGAGCUUAGCCAAAGAACUCUUGAUCUCCUGAAACGUUUGGAGAACAUUCAGAAUCCUUUGGUUGGGAAGAUGACCCGAAGUGUUUCUGACAUGUCAAUUCAAAGCAGCAUCCCACAAAAGAACUACUUCCCUGUUUCACCGUCUUUAGGUGGUCAACACACUCCACUCUCCAGGAUGCUUAGCACUUCAUGGAAAAGACAACCAUCGCUAAUCAAUGAAAACUUAUCAAAAAUAUCACUAACUGAACUGAGUAGCACAGAGGACUCGUCUGUGGGGUCUGAGGAUUUUGUUGUGCUCAGAAACCAGCAUCCUCUUUUCCUAGAUCCAAACAUAGCAACCAGUUCCAGCCCUCGUAGGAAACAUUGUCACAACGGCAACAGGGGAGGUAAAGGUGUAGAUGAGUCGGAUGCUGCUAGUUUAAGCAUGGUGGUCAAUGUUUCAUGUACAUCAGCAUGCACAGAUGAAGAUGAAGAUGACAGUGAUCUGCUUUCAUCCUCCACACUGACGCUCACUGAAGAGGAACUUGGUGUUCGGGAUGAACAAGAUGGAGAUGAUGACAGGGUUGAUGGUGUGUCUUCUGGGAAUGAGGAGGAUGAGGAUAAUGAUGAAGAUGACAUGGAAACAUCCUAUGAGUUGGGGCUUGAGUGCAUGAAGAGGGAGUUACAGAGCUGGAUACGACCUCCUCGUACCUCUGUAUCCUCCUCAUUCAAAUCAGAAGCAGGCCUUCUGGAUGAGCUGCAGUGUGGAAGUGCUCCACCUUCCGCCUUCCCAUAUUCACGUGCACAGUUAAUGGAUACCAGUGACAAAGCUGGUGGCAAUACAAGUAGAAAGGAAAGAGAAGAUGAGACCAGACUUAAUGUGACUAGAAGUUACAUCAGCCAAUUUGUCGAUGAUGUGGAGAAUGGAAACAUCGACCACAGCUGUCUGCAAGGAAAAGAUGAAGAUGAUGAACUACUCCAGGAAGAGUCUGGCUUGUUCACUCAGAAGAGAGACACAUUAAGGGACUUUUACGUGAACACCAAAACAGAAGACCAAGUUGAAGAUGUUGGCAACUUGAGAGCUGAAAUGGAUUCAGUUUCAACAAGUCAUAUUUGCUCACCGUCCAGUGAGCUCCAUCCCUUCUCUUCCAAGCGUACUUCCUGUUUGGUGGGAGAGCUGAGAGGGGAGCUUCCCUGUCACAGUGCCUCACUUCCUUCACCCCCUUUGCUGUCUCCAGUCAACUGCAGAUCCCACAAUACACUGGACAACAACCUUCCAAUUGCUGGAGGACGGAAAGCCAUCACAAUUCAAGAGAAGUUUAAGUUCUCAUCGUUGGUCACAGAAGAGACAAAGAGGGAAGUCAGAGCAAAAGAUUCAUCUCUGCCAUACAAAAAAGGGCACAAAUCCCACGCUUCCUGCUGCAGCCCCUUCCUCCUGUCGGCCUCGCCACUCAGUGUUGAUGAAAGCAAGAAGGAGAAUGUUCAUGACUUUGUAAUGGAGAUUAUUGACAUGGCCUCUGUAGCACUGAAAAGCAAAGAGAACCAGUCAGAUGGAGCAACCCAGAGGGAGACCAGUGGGUCUGUCCCAGACCAGUCCUCCACCUCACUAGCACACAUCCGAGACAAGGUGCUUGAACACUCCCAUAGGCCUCUGCAUCUUCGGAAGGGAGAUUUCUACUCCUACCUGUCUCUCUCCUCUCAUGACAGCGACUGUGGUGAGGUCAGUCAGUGUGCAGAGGACAAGAGUUUGACCCCUGUGCCCUACAGCAUCCCAUCCUAUUGCACAUCGACACCAACUCCAAACAGUCCAAGCCCUGAGCUGUUUCCCAACACCAAAGUGGCAAUGUCUUCCUUUCAGUCAGCUCAAUUGAGCAGAUGCUCUUCCCCUAGCCUGACUGCCAAGGAGUACAUCGGCAGUCUGGAUUUGAAGUGUUUUGACGGUGAAUCUGCCAGCGUCUCAGAUGGAAGCCGAGUGGAGCAGCAGUCUUCUAGCCCCUCUCUGUCUGUACCCACCAGUCCUGACUUCAGGAAUGAGGAGACGCUGUUUGAAGCCUGUACAGAGGAAGUUUACCUUGGGCCACCUUUGUGCUACAGCAUAGUGAUCAAAAAGAAACCUCAACCCUCUUACCAUAAACUGUGUUUGGAGACCUCAUUGGCUGGUGGCUGUGAGCUGAAUGAAAAUGCACCUUGUUUGUCCCAAGAGGGAAAAAGUUCUAAACUGGACAAUAUGCAGACGGACGACUUGUUCUCGACACAAGGCUCUGGCUCCACGAAUGAGACCCAGAACUUCUACCGUCCUGAACCUUGUUACAGCUUAUUUUCCACCUCUUCGCUCUUAAGAAGCAACUUCAGUUCUUCAGGUGACAACCUAUUUUCUCCUCUACCUGUGUCGACUGAGGCAAUGGAAGAAAAGCUCGGUGAAGACCUGUACCUCGCCUCUGAUGGUGUUGUAGGAAAAGUCUCGACUGCUGUGAGUGUCAGCACGCCGCAGGAGGAGAGAAGUCGUAAUGAGGGGCCUUCUUAUCUUAAUCCCUGGGUGCGUGUCGCCCUGAUAGACUCCUUUGCCACAGAAUGUUUGGCAGAUACUAAAACGCUUGAAUCCAAUAUGGGCACCGUAAUGACCAAGAUAAGUGUCUGCAGCUCUGCUACAAAUCCCUCAAAAGAGCCAGCCACCGCCGCCACGCGUAUUAAUCCCAAAAUUAACUGCUCAGCGAUGAGAAGGCCUGAUAGGGAGGAGGGGAAGAGGAGCAAAGAGGCAGAUACUCGAUGGGCAGAGGAGGAGGAGAAGAGGAGAAAGGGCUGGAGCGCUUCGCAGCAAGAAGCAAAGUCUGCCCUGGUGAAACAGGCGGGAUUUUGGCCAGUUCUCGGUCACAGCGUUGGAGCAACACAGGAURAAGCAAACCCUCAGUGAGGACUCCUUCUCAGAUGAGAGCAGUCAGAAGACCAUCUGGGUUGGGUGCAGGAGUCUGAAGGAUGCAGUUGCAGGUCUCUCUGGUUCGAUGUUCUCUGAGCGUCUCCCUCUGUGCUUCUGCAGACUGCUACCUGCCGGAUCUUUGUCUUCUGACUCAACUCACAUCUGGUGUCAGGAGGACUUUCACUGGAGCUGCACAGGUUGGGUUUGGCCCUGAUGAGUUGGUGAAUUUAUGAUCAUGAAGCAGUUUUAAAGACGUUUCCUGAGGAUAUUUCGAGGUUCUCUGCGCUCUUGCUUGAAUGUAGAAUUUAAAUGCAUGUACACUUAGUAAAAAAGUAAUUGACUUAUUUAAAGGUCUGACAGAUUUUUUGAAUAUUCAAGGGAAUAAGUAAACAUUUUAGAUCAUUUAGUGUGCAAUCACCUUUUUCAGGGAGGCUCCAAGAAAAAAAUACUUCUCCAUAGGAGUACUUAGUCAGACAUUAGUCCCAAUCCAUGUUCCAUUGCUCACAUUGAAGUGGGCUAAACCUAUUGUGUCCUACAGUUUAAGUAACUGAAAUAUUUCCUUGGGAUUAUUUUGUAUUAACCUUGCUUUCAGUGAAAAAAUGACAUUGUCUUUUCAAGUAUGAUUGUCAACAUCUAAAAAAAAUCCAAAAUGUUUUGGUCUUGAAAUUGUGCUAUUUUGACCCUUUUCCUGAAUUUGGGCUUUGAGACACUGAUACCAAACAUCACCUGAUCGUUGAGUUGUUUGACCAUUUGCAAUAGCACAUUCAAACCAAAUGGAACAAAAAAGAAAAACCUAAAUGACUGUUUCCAUUCCUUUACAAAGAUAGUUGUGAAGCUGAAACACAAAGAGAAUGCAGCUUUUCAAUAUAUAUUGAAAUUGUUUUAUGUUUUUGUCCCUCACCCUCCCAUCAGGACAUGAUGCAGGAGAGGACAGCAGUGGGCGAACAUUUGCAGAAUAUAAACUUCCUAGUUUUUCACAAUAUGUUACCUUAUAAAGUAUAAAGUUCCAGUCAGUUCCAGUUUCUAAAGCUCUAGCUUCUGAACCAUUGAUUGGUAGACUUCAGAGUUUCAUUGCAGUUUAGAGUGUUGAUGUAAUCAGCUUUGGUAAAUUUCUUGAUUUAUAAAAAUUGUGCCUCAUUUGCAUAGUGAGAGGUUUCAUCACACACUGAAAAUCUUCACACAGUAAGUAGUUCUUUACUAAAGGUAUCAUGUUUUGCAAUGAAAAUAAGAACAGGUGAACAAGAGCUGAACUAUAACAGGCCAGCUAAUAUUAAACGACACCUGGAUUCUUCAUUUAACCAUCAGAACCAACUCUACGGAGACCAGUGGAGCUCCAUUAGCCCCCCGCUACCACAGACAUGGUGACCCGUGUUGCUACCAUAACAACUGCUAAGCAAAGGCCUGCCACACAUCCAGAAUGUGACCAAUGUCUAAUCCUUCCAUCAGUAUUUWAUAUUUAGGGAAAAGGGAAAUUUGGGCUAAAUAAUACUUUUAUUUAAAAAAAAACAAAACAAAAAAAAAACAGCAACUUGAGAUCAACUGAAUUGACUCUCCUUCAAGUCCAUAACAUAGAUACUAAAAGUUAUGCAAAAAUAUUUAUAGAAUUAUGUAUGCUGCUUUGUAUGGUGCCUUGCAAAAGUACGUACACCCAAUAAGCAUUUUCAUAUUGCUACAUUUACAACCACAUACGUGUAGGUAUUUUAUUAUUUUAUGUGAUAGAUUAAGACAUAGUAAUGAAGUGGAAAGAAAAAAAACAUACAUAAUUUGGUUUGAAUUUGGAUCUUACUCUUUCUCUUACUGUUUUACUCUGAAACCCCUGGAUAAAAUGUAAUGCUAUGAAAAACAGCCCAGUUGAUAAACAGACCAGCCUUUGGUAAAAUUACUCUCAGUAUAAAAGCAGGUCAGUUGUGGAAGGAAACCUUUGAAGACAACCAGAGAGCUGCAGGAGGCAUGUUGUCAUGGACGCAGAUAUCGGAAUAAAAGGCUGAGGAGAAUAAACAUUUAAACAAUUUAGUUUUAAAGUCUUGGUGAGGCGUCAACUAAAUGUAAAUGAACAAAACACAAUGACACAGUUGGGAAAAAUCAAGCUAGAGGUUGAAUACUUUAAGAUGUAAACUUUCAUAAUCUGAGAGAGAGGAAACCUGGGUGAAAGAUUUAGAAGGAAACUUGAGUUUUAAAUGGUUAAAAUGAGGYGGUGACUGAACARCUUCUGUGAGUUUCAGAGCAACUUUUGUCAGAUUAAAUGUUCAAAUUGGUUUUCUAUGCGUUUUUGUUAUAUAAGAUAGUGUUGGAAUGAUCUUAAGUUGCAAAUGAAGUUUGCUUUGUUUGGGGUUUUUUCAGUUCUUUGCCCUCGCUGCUUUCAAAAAUAGUGUUAUAUUAAUUUUGUAAAAAAAAAAAAUUUAAAUAAAAAAAAGAUUUCUGGACAGGCCCAGAGUACUACAAAACGUCUGGCUUAGAUCAGAGAUUGUCCAUGUGUUGCAAUGACCUGGUCAAAGUUCAUACUUGAAUCUAAGUGAGAUCUGGGAUGUUUGCAGAUGUUUUUCAUCCAAUCUGAAUGAACAGAAUCAGUAAAAAAAACUUAAAUCAGUCCAAACUGCUCUCUUCAGUGCUGUAACUAUUCCACAAAGCACACACUAAAAAAUUAAUACGCCACACUUUUCAGAUUUGUGUUUUAUUAAAAAAUGUAUUGUAGAUCCAUAAAGUUUUCCUUCUACUUCACAUAUAUGCUGUACUUUGUGUUGAUGUAUUAAAUAAAAUGUGGAUAAAGCAGAUUAAACUUUUGGAUUGUAGCCUGACAAGAUGUGAAAAGGGUGUACAUACUUUAUCAAAGCACUGUAAUGUUUUUAGGGAACAAUAAACUGUAACCUGGAAGCUGCGAUGAAGGUCAGACUCCAGAACAGCUUGGUCUUUCUCUAAAAUGUACAGCAGGAAAGGAAACGGCAGAGUGCAGUGGACGCCCUCUAGUUCAUGGACCUUCAUGUGGAAAGUAACUCCUAAAUAUUCAAGAAAAAUCUGGCUCUUCACUGAGUAUUUUUUAGUACAUUUCUAAAAUAUUCUAAAGAAAAAGCAGUUUGAGAAGUUAAAUCACAUCAGCGCAGUGCUGCUCUGUAUUUUUGCUUGGUACUGAUUGAACCUCCAUUAGAGGAAAUAAGGAAGACAGUAUUGAUGUUCUUCUGCUGCAGUGCUAACACUGGCUCCACUGAGGGCAUUAAUGCAUAUGCAAGAUAUGUUUGGACUUAAAACUAUUAAAACAGGCAUUUCUUAGCAAUUUCAGGAGAAGUGUCAAGUUUUAGUGGAUUUUAGCUAUCCACAGGCGGCUGUGGUCACUAACGUUGACAAUACUGGGGGCCCACUGUGUAGAUGAGAGCACGGUCUGGCAGGACAAUGAAGUCAAAUAGUGAAGUUGAACUUAUAUUAAAAGUUAGCAAUUCCUUCUUUUGUUUCCUUUUUCUUUCUUCCCUCCUUCCUUCCUUCUCUGUAUUCUACCACAAAUCUCUGAUGAACUCAGUAAGACAUUAUUACCCUGUAUGCCGUUCUUGAYGCUGCCGUUGUGAACACUGAUCUAUUUCCUGUAUGCACUCCUUAAACUACGCACUGUACAACCAAUGUGCUGCUUGCUUCAUACCUGUAGGUCUUUGUCUAGAUUUGUAAAAGAUUUCAGGAUUCACUUGGUAAAACUCAUGACCUAGAGUCACAGAAAUGGCCUCCUCGUCUGUGUUUGAGAUGUUUGACUCAGUAGACAUGUUCUCUAUGGACAUCACUUUAAGAAUAAUGAAAGACUUGAAAUAAAGUUCUGUUUCUGAUGCAGGGAAAACUUCUGACUGAACGGAGACAGUGUCAGCACUCUCCCCAUGUUCACCUUUUCAGCUCUGGUAAAACUUUAUGUGAUUUGAACUGAAAUCUGUUUCACUUUGGAUUUAACACUAAUUGUAUGUUAUCAGGACACAGAAUGUCUGGAUUUUACCAGUUUGCUUGUUUUUUUAAUUAUUAUUAUUUCAGCAGCUGACUGAGGAAUUAUGAUUUUUCCAGAACAUUUCGUAUUUGUAUUCUGCUGGGAUGUGAAAGUCAUUUUCUUUUUACCUUAAAGCAUGUGGAACCAAAUAUUUUCACUCCUUGCUUACAGUAGCUUCACCAAACUGCAGGGUGAAAUAAUUGUCUUUUAAAUGGUGUUUUAUCUAUGCAACACAACCAAAGUUAGCGAGAGCUAAAGCAGCGUUGUGUAUGAGUAAAGGUUCACUGAUGCGCGUUGUGUUAAUACUUCUUGGAUUCUGUAACAUUUAUUAUUUGUGUUUUUGUUCUUAAGCAGCUCCUGGUAUGAUGAGCAGUGAUUGAAGUGGGACUGUUUUCCAGAGGCGUGGAAGGAUGACAGGGUGUGAAGGGUUUUAGUAUACUUCUGUGCCUUGCUCUGCUUUUAUUCUCAUACCUUUUGUUAUUUCAGAACGCGUCUCCCUGUUAGUGAAUAAACAACAAUCAACAGAGAAUAAAAUAAACACAAGAGACCUGUUGAAAAUUCAGUGUACAAAGCACAGGAGGAACUCUAGUCGUAUGUGUUUUACUGUGUAUUUCAUUUGUGAUAUGGGUUUUCUUUAUUACCAAUAGGAGCUUGACUGCAUGGUUUCUGCUGACUAUAUUGUAAAACUAACUGCUGAAAAAUAAACUUUACCGGAAAUAAAA